AUGUCCAAGUACAUCAACUAUAUUCUUACUCCAAUAUGGGGAGGUGAAAAACAGGACCCUGUCGAUUCAUACGCCUCUGACAACGAUUCAGAACAUCAGCUUUCUAUCGGGGCACCUGUCGAAACUGUCAACCCCUUGGGUUACAACUUGGACUAUGUCACCGCAUACUUUAUGGUGCUUCAGGGUAUGAUUGGAACUGGUAUUUUCGCAACCCCUGCUUCUGUUGUUAAAUCUAUUGGUUCAAUUGGUGCCAGUUAUGUUUUAUGGGUUGCUGGAUUUAUCAUUGCCCUUUUUGAAGUGCUUGUAUACAUUGAAUUUGUUAUGUACUUUAAGCGUCGUUCUGGAGGUGAUGUUGUUUAUUUGGAACAAGCAUAUCCAAGACCCAAGUUCUUGGUUGCAACUACUUAUGCUGCAGUUACUGUCAUUUUAUCAUUUCUGACAUCUUCUGCUAUUGCAUUCUCUUCAUAUAUCCUUGCUGCUGCAGACUACAAGGCAACUGCUUGGGAACAAAGAGGCGUUGGUGUUGCAGUAUUGACGUUCGUUUGUGGAUUAUCAAUUAUUAAUUCAAGAAUUGCACUUAAGCUUUCCAACAUCUUAGGAUUUAUUAAGAUUGUUUUCGUUCUUUUUAUUGCUAUCACCGGUCUUGUUGUUCUUGGUAACAACACUAGAGUGAAAAACCCUACAGAAAUUUUUAAAGAUUCAUGGAAGGGUUCUACUUCGGACGGUAAUGCUAUCUCCAGUGCUAUCCUUAAGGUUUCUUUCUCUUAUGGUGGAACUGGGUACGUCAUUGCUGUCGCAGGUGAAUCCGACCCAAGAAAGACAAAGAAUAUGUUCAGAUACUUCCUUCCAGCCGUCAUGUUUUCUGUUUUCAUCUUAUAUAUUUUGUUGGUUACUGCUUAUUACGCUGGUAUCAAUGAUAUCAAGCACAUCAAGAGCUCUGGUACUUUAAUUGCAGGUUCUUUCUUCGAUAAGGUUUUCGGAACUAAGUCAUCGAAAAAAGCUCUUAAUGUAAUGGUUGCAUUUUCUGCAUUGGGUCAUUUACUUGCAGUAGUUGUUGGACAUUCUAGAUCCUUAAGAGAAUGUGGAAGACAAGGUGUUUUACCAUAUUCUCAUUUGUGGACUACGACCAAACCAUGGGGAACUCCUGUAUUACCUCUUGUUGCUACUUACAUUGUCAAUGUGAUUGUUUUAAUUGCCCCCCCACCAGGCGAUGCUUAUAACUUCAUUGUUGACAUUGGCUCUUAUUCCGGAUACAUUUUUAAAUUAGUUCUUGUGGUUGGUUUGCUCAUGGUUAGACAACAUAGAAAGGCUGCAGGAUUGUCUUUUGAAGGCUUCAAGGUUCCACUUCCAAUUUUGAUUAUUACAAUUCUCUAUGAAAUCUUUGUCAUUGCCAUGGCAUUUGUCCCACCUACAACUGGUUUGAUUGGUUCUGAUGUUUCAUUCUUCUAUUGUACGUAUGCGUUGACCACUAUUGGAAUUUUGAUUGUAUGUAUCAUCUACUACUACGUUUGGGCAAAGGUUUUGCCAAAGAUUUUCAAUUAUCAACACAGAACACUUUAUUAUACAUUGGAAAAUGGUGAAAAGGGCCAUACCGUUGUCAAAGUUCCAAUUGAUCAAGUUGAAGAUUGGGAUGCUACACACGAUUCGAAUGGUAGAGAGCUUGACGUAGGUGAUUCCAGUUCCGAUAAUAUCAUUAGCGUCGAUCAUGGUACUGAAGCUGGUAAGAAAUAG